CUCUUAUUAAAACGGAGCCUUCAACAAGCACCUGCCCAUUCCCGUUUAGAGGUGGACUUCGGGGCCGGGCACUGACGUCACCCCUCUUACCUGCUCGCUCGUUCGGCGCUGCAGCAGGAGCAGCGGCGGCAGCUCAUCGCUGGGGCUUCGCGCUAAUUGCUUUGCAAGGAUCUCGGAUCGCGCUACUCUCGCCUCCGCUCCCCCGCCGCCGCCGCCGCGAUGUCUCUCCUGCUGGAGACGGUGGGUUUCUUCCUGAGCAUCGUCGGGUGGGCGCUGCUGGCCGUCACCCUCUUCAACAGCUACUGGAAGGUAUCCAGCGUCUCAGGCAACAUCAUCACCACCUCUACCAUCUUCGAGAACCUGUGGCAGAGCUGCGCCACCGACUCCACCGGCGUCUACAACUGCUGGGAGUUCCAGUCGCUGCUCGAACUGCCAGCUUACCUGCAAGCUUCGCGGGCCCUCAUGAUCACUGCGUUGGUCCUGGGUUUCUUAGCAAUUGUGACUAGCAUGUUGGGCUUACAGUGCACCAAAGUGGCUGAAAACAACCCCAAUGCGAAAGCCAAGUUGGCGGUCAUCGGAGGAAGCUUGUUCAUCCUGGCUGGUCUCUGCGGGAUGGUGACCGUUUCAUGGUACGCCUUCAAUAUCACCCGGGAUUUUUUUAACCCGCUCUUUGUCGGGACAAAAUACGAAAUUGGACCUGCCCUAUAUCUAGGCUGGAGUGCUUCCUUGCUGGUGAUCAUUGGAGGCUGCUUUCUGUUCAGUUCCUGUCGGAACAACUCAUCCCAGGAGAACAGCUACACUUAUCCCUACAAAGCCCCGAAGAGUGGCACGUCGGCUCACAACCCCUCCGUCUCUCGUCCCCGCAGAGAGUCCAAUGCUAGCAGUAAUGGCAAGUAUGGUAAGAAUGCCUACGUCUAACCUGGGAAAUGGUGGAUCAUUUUGAAUGCUUUCCUGGGAACCCGGUAGGCCGAAGACUCUUCCAAAGAUGACCAGUUACCAAGGGAGAACUUUUUUUUAUUGUUCGGUUUGGACUUUCCUACGUUGUGAGGAUGCUCUGAACCUAAGGUGGACUGAAGGAUAUUUCUGGGUCAGAUCCUGGCCAAUAUUACAUUGGGCAAAGUUAUUUAUUGCCAAGAAGUGUAUA